AUGUCGUCGCCCGAGGAAGACUACAAUGACGGCGACUCCGCGCAGAACGCGAAGAAGCGCAGGAUCCAGCGGGCCUGCGACAUGUGCAGGCGCAAGAAAAGCGACGGCGCGACGAUGCCCAGCAACCGCUGCUCGAACUGCGUGUCCUACCGCCUCGAAUGCACGUACAUCGAGGCCGCGAAGGUGCGUGCGCCGCCCGCAUAUCCCGGGCCCGGACAAUGCUCAGCGCCCCCGGACUUCUGUAGAAGCUCAUGCGUGUCCGUUCGCAGCUACGUAGAGAGUCUCGAGACCCGGCUCGAGAAGAUGGAGAAGUUGCUGAACAAGCUGUGUCCGAACGCGGACUUCACGAAAGAACUUGGCGGAAACUUCGACCGGGAUGCAUGGAUAGCUGACCGCGAGCGGAACGGUGAGUCUUCGGGUGCAGGCGCGGGCAAGUCGGGGUACGGCAUCCCAGGCCAACCUUCGUCCUCCGUGAUUGCCUCGCCACCCGCGCUCGCCACUCCGGCAGGCGUCGACUCGGACGACCUCGACCCGAGCGACGAUGAAGUCAUCGCGCAAAGGAACAUAGUUGCGAAGCUCCAGAAGAUGUCCGUGCACCCAAGCGCGAUGCGAUAUCACGGCAAGUCUAGCAGCCUGCUCUUCAUACAGACCGCGAUGGACCUCAAACAUGAGUACGCGGGCGUCCACCUCCCGCCGACGGUUGACCCGGAAGCUCACAAUGUACUGCUUCGGCGCGAUCAGCUGCAUUGGAGUUUGCAUCCCUGGCUGACUUCCACAGUGCACGACGAGAUCCCACCACACAAGGAUUUCCCGCCCCCAGAUCUGCUCGACAAACUGGUCGGGCUGUACUUCCAGUACAUGAACUGCUACAUGCCGCUCCUGCACCGGCCGACGUUCGAGCAGGCGAUCAAGGAGGGCCUGCACCUCCACGACGAGGGCUUCGGCUCGACCGUGCUGCUCGUGUGCGCGAACGGCGCGCGCUUCACAGACGACCCGCGCGUGCUCCUCGAGGGCUACGACACAACGCAAUCUUCCGGCUGGAAGUGGUUCCAGCAGGUGCAGAUGGUCCGCAAGUCGCUGCUCGCGCCCCCGCGCCUGUACGACCUCCAAAUAUAUGCGCUUACGGCGAGUUUCCUGCAAGGAACGUCUGCACCGCAAGCGUGCUGGACUAUCAUCGGAAUCGGUAUCCGCAUGGCCCAGGAUGUAGGCGCCCAUCGGAAGAAGGUGUACAGCACGACGCCGACGAUGGAGGAGGAACUGUGGCGGCGUGCCUUCUGGACUCUUGUCGCGAUGGACCGACACGCGAGUUUCGCCCUCGGACGGCCGUGCGCGAUCCAAGACGAGGACUUCGACCUCGACCUGCCGACGGAGUGCGACGACGAGUACUGGAUGCACCCGGACCCCGAGCAGGCGUUCAAGCAGCCGCCGGGCACGCCGUCGAGCAUCGCGUUCUUCAACUGCUACAUCCGCCUGCACCAGAUCCUCGCGUUCGCGCUGCGGACGAUCUACUCUAUCAACAAAUCGAAGGCGCUCCUUGGCUUCGUGGGGCAACAGUGGGAGCAGCAUAUCGUCGCUGAACUCGACUCCGCCCUCAACAAAUGGAUCGACUCCGUCCCUGACCACUUGCGGUGGGACCCGAACCGCGAGAACGUGCUCUUCCUGAACCAGUCCGCGAACCUGUACGCGCACUACUACCAGCUGCAGAUCGCAGUGCACCGGCCGUUCAUCCCGUCCCCGCGCAAGCCGUCCCCGCUCUCCUUCCCGUCGCUCGCGAUCUGCACGAACGCCGCGCGCUCGUGCAUCCACGUGCUCGACCUGCAGUACAAGCGCGCUGGGGUCACGUACUUCAACCAGAUGUCGCUGUUCACUGCUGGGAUCGUGCUGCUGCUCAACAUCUGGGGCGGGAAGCGCUCCGGGCUCUCGACGGACCCUGCGAAGGAGAUGGCGGACGUGCACAAGUGCAUGAAGAUGCUCAAGCUGCUGGAGGCUCAUUGGCACACUGCUGGGCGACUAUGGGAUAUCCUUUACGAGUUGGCGUCUGUUGGAGACCUCCCGCUCCCGCAAGCCUCGCCGGCUCCGAACAAGCGCGAGCGUGACUCAGACAGCCCUAUCGCGACUCCCAGCCACCACGGCUUUGAUUCGCCACCCCCGUCGGUGCCAAGUACUUCCCUCGCCUCCGCCACUUUCGCACAACCGCUGCGCACGCCAUCGCAGUCACAGCCCGCUACGUCCGACUCGGAGAAGAUCGCCGCCACGCCCACUCCGAAUGCUGGCAACGGCGGGAGCUCGUUCUUUGCGCUCCCGGUGCACACCGAAGAGCUCGGUCGGCUGCCGCUCCACCCUGGUUUCAGCGGAAACUACCCGCAGGAAUGGGCUCAGGGUGCCGCGCCGGCUCAGCAACAGCAACCACAGGCUCAGCAACAGCAACCACAGCAGACACAGCAACAGCAACAGCAACAGCAUAUGCCACCGAUGGCGUCUUCCUCCGCUCCACGGACCCCAGCGCCGGGAGCUAGCGGGAACCCAUUCGACCCGCGUGUGUUGUCGAUGUUCAACACGCCCGGACCGUCAGGGUUCUCGGAGAUGUUCGCGACGCCCCCGCCGUCCGCGGCGACGGACGGGCCGGCCUAUCCCAGCCCGUUCGUGCAGGAGAUGCACACCCUGGCGGCAGCGGGCGCUGGGGCCGGGGCAGGAGGGGAUGCGGCUAUGUCUGGAAUAUCGGCGCAGGAGUUGGCGUUCGCAGACAAUACGCUGGACAUGUGGUCGACCGCCCCAACUGGCUUUGAGUGGGCCGACUGGGGUACCUACAUCAACAAUGUGAGCGGGAUGGCCCACACGCCGGGGUCGACACAGCCUCCGGGACCAGGGGCAUAG